AUGGGAGCCUCAACUCCAAGCGAAGUAGCCCCUCCCUACGAAGAACUAUACUCCCAGCGACCAUCAAACCCACUAACUGGGUACUCCCGCGUCGCUGCUGCCGAUGAACCAGACCUCGACCUCGAGCGCGACGCACACCAGCACGACGCAUCACUCCCGCUCGAACUAAACGAAUCCCAAAACAACUCCAAUAAGCCGCAUACUCACUGCGAGGAAUGCGAUCGGCAACUUGAGCGGCGCGAGAGACGGCGUAGCAAGGAGCAUUGCUGUACGACUGUUUCGCGGACUUUUAUGACUAUUGCGUUGUUCUUGAUGAUUUUUGGGAUUGUGGCUGUGUCUUCUUUGAAGAGGGGGAAGAAAUGA